AUGGCCACUGCCGAGAGAAUAUGUCCAUUUGUAUUCAAGACCAACCAUAAUACUAACAAAGAAACUAGUACAAUUAUUUGGUUAAAUCCAGAUAUUAGUAUUCAUAAUCGAUUCAAAAAUGCGAGAAAACAAUUGCAUCUUAUCAACGAUUAUCUUACGAUUCAUUCGGAACUUGAAUCAUGCAUAUCUUUUAUUGAAAGUAUAGAAAGUGAACUGAUCUAUUUGAUCAUCUCUGCAGCAAAAGCAUCACAAAUCUUGUCACGUGUUCAUGAUCUUAUUCAAAUCGAAGCAAUUUUCCUGUUUACUUCGAAUAAAACAGAAAUUGAAUCUUUAUACAAUGAAUAUCCAAAAAUUAUAAAUAUUUAUGAUGAUUUUGAUUUAUUAUGCGUUGAUCUCCGCGAACAGAUCGAACUGAAUGAUAAACAAUUGAAAGUUCACCGUUUUCCGAAUCCAUCUCAAACAUCGAGUAAUACCCUUUCAGAACAAUUGUCAUCCGCGCAUUUCUUAAAUGCUAUUAUCAAAUAUUUGCCGGAAUCUCAGCAAGGAAAAGCACAGCUCAUCAAUGAACUUCGUCAAUAUUAUCGAAAUAACACUUAUCAACUGAAAUUUAUUGAUGAAUUUGAACAAUUCUAUCAAUCAAACGACGCAAUACGUUGGUAUUUAAAUCAAUCAUUUAUCUCAAAACUAAUCAAUAAAGCUUUACGCACAUUGGAUAUCGAACAGAUAUACAGCCUUCGAUUUUAUUUACAAGAUCUAUCUGAAAAUCUUACUCGUGAAUCCAGAAUUUUUGCAACAACAAUAUCGACCCAGCGCUUAACUCUUUAUCGAGCAUCGCGAUUAUCAACGAAUGAAAUGAAUGGACUGCGAAACGCCAAGGGACAUUAUUUUUUCAUCAGUUCCUACAUGUUUGCUAGUCGAACACGUUCGGAAGCUCUUGCUCUGAUCUCAAAACGUGCGAAACGAACCGACACAGUGGCUACUCUAAUGGAAAUUGAAUAUAAUAUAGAGACUAAUGAUGGCAGUAUCCUCUGUGCUGAUAUAUCACAAUACAAUCAUAAUACCGAAGGUGUUUCAAUUAUGUUUGGUUUUGGAACAAUUUACCGAUUGAAUCACGUUCAUUACGAUGGAGAAAUAUAUGUCAUGAAAAUUAGUAUAUCGAACGGUGGACAAGCUCUCAUAGACACAUACUUGAAAUCGAUGCAUCGUGAGACAAAAGAUGAGUCGAUGGGACAAACCAUAGGAAGACUUUUAGAACAUUUUGGUGAUCAUAAACAAUCACAAGAAUAUUUCAAAUGUUUGUUGUAUGAAAAUGAUGAUCGUACUUCUCCAACGAGGCAAUAUCAUGUCGGUCAACGUUUUCAUGCACAAAAAGAUUUUCAAUUAGCGCGAGAAUUUUAUGAUCGAGCAUAUCGUCUCAUUAUUAGAUCACGUCCUAUACCAGUACACGAUCUUUUGAAUGUGUUAGAUAGUAUUGUGCAUCUUACUGAUCAACAAGAAAAUUAUGAAGAAGCUGUCAAAUUUCAAAAACAAGCACUUGAAAUUCGUGAAGAAUACAAUCCAACAGAAUAUAAAGCCAUCAUCGAGAAUUUGGAUGACAUCGGACUAAUGUUGAGUAAGUUAAAAUGUUAUAGUGAAGCACUCGAAUAUCAUCAGCGCGCCCUAACACUUCGAGAAACAUAUCAGCCGUCUGCACGUACUGAUAUUGCAAUUAGUUUAACCUUUCUCGGAAGUGUCUAUACAGAAUUAAGCAAAUACGAUCAUGCACUUGAAUCUCACCAACGAGCGCUGAAUAUUCGAAGAGAAUGCGAAUCUUCCAUUCAUCAUCUCUGUAUUGCUAAUAGUCUUGACGGGAUUGGUUUAGUUUAUCAACGACAAAAGAAGUAUCCAGAAGCUAUUAAUGCUUACCGACAAGCAUUGAAAAUCAAAAAAGACAGUUAUUCACCUGAUCAUAUCGAACUUUCGCAAAGUUUGACUAACGUCGCUCUUUUACAAACGAAUCUCGGCCAUUACGAUGAAGCAUUCGAAUUGUUUAUCCAAGCUCUUGCAAUUCAGAACAAACUCCAUCCGGACGGCGAUAUGAGUGUUGCGUCAACAAUGACGAAUAUUGGUAUUGUUCUUCAACAACAAAGAAAGUAUGAUCAAGCCAUUGAAUUCUAUGAACAUGCUCGGCGAAUGCUGAGAGAACUUUAUCCAUCUGGCCAUCCUAACAUUGCUCUUAAUAUCUACAAUAUUGCUUUAGUUUUGUUCAAUCAAAUGAAAUACAACGAAUCAUUGAUAUGUCAUCAACAAGCAUUACAAAUGAGAGAAGAAUCAGAUCCUCUGAAUUGUGAAAGUAUAGCUGCUAGUUUGAAUCAAAUCGGAAUGGUUCUCUAUCGGCUAUCGAAGUACGAUGAAGCAAUUGAGUACUAUCAACGAGCCUAUCGCAUGAGAAAAGAACUUCUUUCAUCAACUUAUACUGAAAUAGCUCAAUGCUUGUAUAACAUCGGUUUUGCUCUUUGCGAUCAAGAAAAAUAUGACGAAGCUCUACAAUACUAUCAACGAGCAUCGAAGAUUAUCGAAGAGAAUUAUUCGUCAACGCAUAUAAGCAUUGGUCAUGUCCUCAAUGGAAUCGGUGUUGUUCACUACCGACGGUCGAAUUAUGAUGAAGCCUUAACUUAUUAUCAAAAAGCUCUGAACAUUCGUGAAACAACUUAUCCGGACGGUCAUAUCGAUGUCGCACAAACUUUGGGAAAUAUUGCUCGUGUUUCUAUGGAUAUCGGAGACAAUGUUGAGGCAAUAGAAUCAUAUAGCAAAGCACUAGCAAUGUGUAAACGCUUUCAUCCGGAUGGGCAUAUCGACAUUGCUGAAGUGCUCAUGAAUAUCGGCUUCCUUCUUUAUCGUGCAUUGAAAUAUGACGAUGCACUUGUUUACUGUGAACAAGCACGUGACAUGCAAGAACGGUACUAUCCAUUGGGAUACAAGAACUUUUUGACUAAUCUUGGAAACCUUGGUUUAAUUUAUUUUCAUCAGAAAAAAUAUGGCUUAGCUGUUAACGUUUACCGAAGGUCUCUGGAAAUUCGAGAAGAGUUUUCACCAACAAGUCAUUCGGAAAUCGCCAGUACAUUGAAUAAUAUUGGUGUAGCCUACUAUCGACAGAUGGAAUACGAUCAAGCACUAAUAUAUUAUGAGCGUGCUCUUCAAAUUCGUGAAGAGUUGUUCCCCACUGGUCAUACGACAAUGAUUCAAACGCUUAACAACAUUGCUCUUGUACUCUAUGAUCAAAGUCAAUACGACAGAUCGUUAGAAUAUCGACAUCGAGCGUUAAAUUUAGCGAAAGUGUUAUAUCCACCUGAUCAUGUUGAUAUCGCGUCAAAUCUAAAUGGUAUUGGUAUCAUCUAUCAUCACCAGAUGAAAUAUACACAAGCGAUUGAUUAUUAUGAACAAGCAUUGAAUAUAAGGGAAAAAUGCUAUCCAAAUGGCCAUGUUGAUGUUGCGCAAAGCUUCAUUAAUCUUGGUUCGGUAUUUUGUGAUCAACGAAAGUAUGGAAUCGCUUUAAAUUUCUAUCAAAAAGCUAUAGAUAUUCGACAUAAAUUAGAAGUCAACGAUCCACUAGAGGUAUCUAUUUAUUAUAACCAUAUCGGCAUACUUCAUCAUCGGCAAGGGAACUAUACUGAAGCAAAGGAUUUCUAUGAAAAAGUUCUCAAAAUCAGAGAAGAAGUUUAUCCAUCGGGUCAUGUUGAUAUUGCUCGUUGCUUAAAUAAUAUCGCAUUAAUUUUUAUCGAUCAAGAAGAUUAUCCGAGUGCGAUCGACUAUUAUAAAAAAGCAUUACAAAUGAUCGAGGACAAUCAUCGUCAAGGUCAUAUGGAAGCCGCAGUAUGUUUACACGGUAUUGGCGUUGUUUAUCAUCGACAAAUCCAAUUUGACGAAGCUCUCGAGUACUUUCAAAAGGCGGUCAAAAUUCAAGAGCAAUACCCCUCAAUAAACCAUACAAAUAUGAUCACUUAUCUAACAAAUCUUGCACUUGUGCUACUUGACCAAGGACAGUAUGAUACAUCACUUAUUUAUUACAAACAAGCAUUAAAACUACGAGAAGUUCAUUUACCAGCGAAUGACAUCACCACCGUGGACAAUCUCAGCAUGAUUGGUUAUAUCUAUUGCCAUCUGGAAAAUUUUGAAGAAGCCUUUCAUUAUCAUCAGCGAUCGCUGGAGUUGCGCGAAAAACACCAUCCGACUACGUUUGGAAACAUAAUUGAUACUUUGAAAACUUUAGGUUCGAUUUGUUCGUAUCAAGAGAACUAUUCUCGUGCAGCAGAUUUUUAUCAACAAGCAUUAACCAUGCGAGAAAUUUCUCAAAAUGGUCAAAGUGUUCGUUUAGCGAUGAAUUACAUCAACACUGCGGAUAUUUUCUUCAAGCAGGAUCAUUUAGAUCAAGCAUUGAGCUUUUAUCAACAGGCAUUAGAUAUUCAAAAGCGAUUUUAUCCUCGAGGUGAUAUUUCUAUGGUUCAUACUCUUGAUUCUAUUGGUUUAAUCUAUUUCACUCAGGGUAAAUACUCUGAUGCAUUGACGUACAUUAAACGUACCUUGAAAAUGAGGGAACAGCACUCGCCGACGAAUUAUCUGGGCAUUAUACAAAAUCUGUAUGCGAUUAGUUGCAUAUUAGCGAUCAAAGAAGAGUCUGAGGAGUCUUCAAAAUACUAUAACGCAGCGUCGAAGCUAGUCGACAUAGUUUAUCGAUCUGGACACGCUGAAAUAGUGGAAAUGCUACAAAAUUUCGGUAACUCAUUUUCAGAAAAGGGAAAAACGAGUCAAGCUCUAGAAUAUUACCAUCAAGCAUUGAGUAUGCAAGAAAAAUACCUUCGUCCAGAUGACAUCCGUUUGACUCAAAGUCUCGAAUAUAUCGGUAAUAUUCUCUCCGAGGAAUGUCAAUACGAGAAAGCAAUGGUCAUUUUUCAACGAGCAUACGAAAUUCAAUGUAAACAUUAUUCAGUGAAUGACAUUAAUGUAACGCAAGCAAUGAGUAAUUAUGGGGUAAUAUUAACCUAUGUUGGCAAAUUUCAAGAAGCUGUGACUCUAUGUCUGAAUGCCUUGAAAAUUCGUCAGAGUACACUGCCCACGGAUCACUGGGAUAUUGCUCAAGCGUUCCAUUCGCUUGGUGUCGUUCAUUACAUGCAAGGGAAUUACGAAGAUGCACUCACAUGUUUUCAACGAGCUUUGCAUAUAAAAGAAAAGGAUCUACCAUUAAAUGACCUUCAGCUCGUCGACGAUUAUCAUUAUGUUGGUUUAAUAUUUCGACAUCUGAGACAGUAUGAAGACGCUCUUGAACAUCACAAAAAGGCAUUAAGAAUUCAAAAUAAACAUUAUCCAUUAGGACACAUAUGUAUUGCUAAUAGUUUGUCUUAUAUUGGGUUAAUAUAUUUCCAUAAGAAAAAUUUCGACGAAGCAUAUCUUUUAUGUUUAAAUUCUUUCGAAAUGAAAGAAAAAUUCUAUCCACCUGGCCAUAUACAAACUUCAAAUAGUCUCUACAAUCUUGGUCUGAUAUAUUUAGCCAAACGUCAGGCGGAAAAAGCGAUGAGUUAUCUCAACGCAGCUGUUACAAUUAAACAAUGUUGGCAUCCAUCUGGUAGUAUUGAUCUUGCUGAAUGUUUCAACACUAUCGGGAAUAUCUACGCAAUACAAGAAGAUUUUUCCAAAGCUUUAUUGUAUUAUCAGGAUGCUUUAGCAUUACAAGAAAUGUUUCAACCUCCCUUCCAUCCUGAUGUAGCUAUCACUCAUGGAAAUCUCGCAGAAAUCUACUUUGAAUAUGAGGAUUUUGAUGAAGCAAUAAUCUGUUUGAACAAAUCGAUCGAUAUUCAACAAAAACAAUUUCCAAAUGGAGAUAUUGAUGAAGCUGAUAGUCUUACUCAGCUAGGUUUAAUUCAUCAGAGUAGAACGAAUUUUACUCUCGCUUUAGAAGCCUUUCAACGCUCACUGCUCUUAAAAAGAAAAUUUACUCCAGACGAUUUGUUAUCAAUAUCCUCCACGCUCGAAUACAUAACCACAGUUUAUAUUGACAUGAACGAGUUUGAUCAAGCACUGCAAUAUGCCAUCGAAUGUCUCGCUAUGCGUUCUGAAUACUUGAGCAAAACUGAUCAGGAUAUCGGCACAAUUUAUGUGUUGAUUGCAACUUGUUAUGAAAAUUUAAAUGAGCGAAAUCGAGCACUGGCGUAUUAUCAAGAUGCAUUGAUUAUCUUCAAAGCAGCAAUCCCUCCCGACGUUGCAUUGAUCAGUAGGACUGAACAAAGCAUCCUUCAAAUACAAAAAAAUCAACCGUUACGAUUAAUAAUCGGACGAAAGUAUGUCAAAAAAUUGAAAGCACGUCUAUUCUCCUCCCAAUAA